GCGCUCCGAUCCAAGAUGGCGGCGCUGAGCAGCGGCGGCAGCGCCGAGGGGGCCUCGCUCUUCAACGGGGACAUGGAGCCCGAGCCGCCUCCCCCCGGGGCCUGCUACGGCGGCGGCGGAGGAGGAGGAGACCCCGCCAUCCCUGAGGAGGUGUGGAACAUCAAACAGAUGAUUAAAUUAACACAAGAGCACAUAGAGGCCCUGCUGGAGAAGUUUGGAGGAGAGCAUAAUCCACCAUCUAUAUAUUUGGAGGCCUACGAGGAAUACACCAGCAAGUUAGAUGCGCUGCAGCAGCGAGAGCAGCAAUUACUGGAAUCCAUGGGGAACGGAACUGAUUUCUCUGUCUCCAGUUCUGCUUCAACAGAUACCGUCACAUCAUCGUCAUCCUCUAGUCUCUCGGUAGCCCCGUCAUCCCUCUCAGUUUAUCAGAACCCUACAGAUUUGUCGCGGAAUAACCCUAAAUCUCCACAGAAACCUACAGUUAGAGUCUUCCUGCCCAAUAAACAGAGAACUGUGGUUCCGGCAAGAUGUGGGGUAACAGUCCGGGACAGUCUAAAGAAAGCUUUGAUGAUGCGAGGUCUUAUCCCAGAAUGCUGUGCUGUUUACCGAAUACAAGAUGGGGAGAAGAAGCCAAUUGGUUGGGAUACAGACAUUUCCUGGCUGACUGGAGAGGAAUUACACGUGGAAGUCUUGGAGAACGUGCCUCUCACGACACAUAACUUUGUACGAAAGACAUUCUUUACUUUAGCAUUCUGCGACUUCUGUCGAAAGCUGCUUUUCCAGGGAUUCCGCUGUCAGACUUGUGGAUAUAAAUUUCACCAGCGUUGUAGUACAGAGGUGCCAUUGAUGUGUGUGAAUUAUGAUCAGCUUGACUUGCUGUUUGUCUCCAAGUUCUUUGAACACCACCCAAUACCACAGGAGGAGGCCUCCUUAGGAGAGACCACUCUAGCAUCUGGAUCAUACUCAUCAGUGGCACCUUCAGAUUGUACUGGCCCAGCAAUUCUCCCUAGUCCUUCUCCUUCAAAAUCCAUUCCAAUACCCCAGCCUUUCCGUCCAUCAGACGAAGACCAUCGGAAUCAGAUCGCUCAACGAGAUCGUUCCUCGUCUGCUCCCAACGUGCACAUCAACACGAUAGAACCUGUCAACAUUGAUGAAUUCAUUAGAGAUCAAGGGUUGCGAGGAGAGGGAGCCCCUAUGAACCAGCUGAUGCGCUGCCUUCGGAAAUACCAAUCCCGGACUCCCAGUCCCCUCCUCCAUUCUGUCCCCAGUGAGAUAGUGUUUGAUUUUGAGCCUGGCCCAGUGUUCAGAGGUUCAACCGCAGGUCUGUCCGCUACACCUCCUGCUUCCCUACCUGGGUCCCUCACCAAUGUGAAAGCAUUACAGAAAUCCCCUGGCCCUCAGCGAGAGAGGAAAUCCUCCUCAUCUUCAGAAGAUCGGACUAGAAUGAAAACCCUUGGUCGACGAGACUCGAGUGACGAUUGGGAAAUACCAGAUGGCCAGAUCACAGUUGGACAGAGGAUAGGCUCUGGGUCUUUCGGAACAGUCUAUAAAGGAAAGUGGCAUGGUGAUGUGGCAGUGAAAAUGUUGAAUGUUACAGCACCCACCCCUCAGCAGUUACAGGCCUUUAAAAAUGAAGUAGGAGUUCUCAGGAAAACGCGGCAUGUGAAUAUAUUACUUUUCAUGGGUUAUUCAACCAAGCCACAGUUGGCUAUAGUUACACAGUGGUGCGAGGGUUCUAGCCUCUACCACCACCUACACAUUAUCGAGACCAAAUUUGAGAUGAUCAAGCUGAUCGACAUUGCACGGCAAACGGCGCAAGGCAUGGAUUACUUGCACGCCAAGUCAAUCAUCCACAGAGACCUCAAGAGUAAUAAUAUAUUUCUUCAUGAAGAUCUCACAGUAAAAAUAGGUGACUUCGGCCUGGCAACAGUGAAAUCACGGUGGAGUGGGUCUCAUCAGUUUGAACAGUUGUCUGGAUCAAUUCUCUGGAUGGCACCCGAGGUAAUACGGAUGCAGGAUAAAAACCCAUAUAGCUUUCAAUCAGAUGUAUAUGCAUUCGGGAUUGUUCUAUAUGAGCUGAUGACUGGGCAGUUACCUUAUUCAAACAUCAACAACAGGGACCAGAUCAUUUUCAUGGUGGGGCGAGGAUACCUCUCUCCAGACCUCAGCAAAGUGCGCAGCAACUGUCCCAAAGCUAUGAAGAGGCUCAUGGCAGAGUGUUUGAAAAAGAAGCGGGACGAGCGGCAUCUCUUCCCACAGAUCCUUGCCUCCAUCGAGCUUCUGGCCCGGUCGUUGCCAAAAAUUCACCGCAGUGCAUCUGAGCCCUCUUUGAACCGGGCUGGAUUCCAGACGGAGGAUUUUAGUCUGUACGCUUGCGCUUCUCCAAAAACACCCAUCCAGGCAGGGGGAUACGGCGAAUUUGCAGCGUUCAAGUAGCCACAGCGACACUGGCAGCAAAAUCCACUCUGUUGUUUCUUUAAAAAAAAAAAAAAA